AUGGCAGACUCUAUGUGUGGCCCAUCGAACGCCUUGAAUACGUUUCAGAAGCAUACCUCUAUAGAUCGUACAUUGCAGCAAGAUCGUCUGGUCUCAAGGCAAUCGCCUUCAAACGGUUUCCGUUCUGCGCCGGGUCCGAAUGCGAAUCUGAUUCAACCUGAAUUCGAGGCUUUCCAAGCUGGUGUACCAUCCUUCGAACAACACACGUUCUCUCCCUCUCCCCAAAAUUUUGGCCAUGCUCCUCCAAACUUCCAGCAAGCUGGGCCUGCGAAUUGGGCUUCUGAUUUUCAGCGUAUGAAUGUCUCGAGUCCUCCUCCCCAGCAAGUACAAGGUUAUAUCCCAUCGCAGCAAUCUGGUGGGGCAGGGUGGCAUCAAGAGUUUGCUCAGCAGCAUGAUCAGGCUCAGAGAAAUAACCAAGGCCCUGUUCAGGGAAUGGGUAUGGGUUCUGGACAAGGCUACUACCCACAAGCGUCGGGUUUGAAUAUUGCUCAUCAGCAGUUUGGGGAUUUACAUUCACAGUUAUUAUCUCAGUUGCAGUUCUCGCCGCCUCAGCAAGCUCAGCCCGAAGCCUUUGAUGAGGCCGCAUUUGCCAGGGCCUUUGAUGAAGCAGCACAGCUUGAAACUGCUAGCGGAGGCACCGUUGCAGAAGCCACCGUUGCGGAAGCCACCGUUACAGAAGACAGUCUUGCCAAAGAAACUUCUGAAUCUGAGUUGGAAAGAUUACAACGAAGUCAUCAUAAAAUGUUCGUAGAGCCUAAUGAUAAGAGACUAGCAGAAUCGCGUCUUAGGCAAGCCGAGUAUGCUAGACAAAUAUCUCCACCUAUUGGUGCCGAUGCCAUCCGUCCUCAAAACCAAGGCGAGCCAACUCAACAAGAACAACAAGAAGCACCUGAUGACCUAGCCAGAACCGCCGGAAGCCUCCUCCGAAGCGUCCAGCAUGAUACGAGCGAUAAAUUUCAAGGAAGUCAGUUCCUAACUCUCAUGCGUAUGCUUCGCGACAAGGAAGUAGCUGUCCAAGGCGAUGACAUCGUCGGCACCGGAUCUGCUGAUGUGGAAGGUGAUGCUGAGAGGGCCGUUGGCGAUGCCCACGGUGCGAGACCAAGUGACUUCUUGGAUAUGUGGGAUGCUGCACCUCUGCAUGCAUAG